GUGCGAACAGAAUCGCACCAGGUUGGCUACGCCAAUCUCAGUGCACUUCUCAACCGCAUGGGCCUCUUCUUCACAAGUGCGCACGGCUCGACCAAGGCGUGGUCCACGGCGGCGUGCCAUACGAACCUGAAGUUCACUGCCGAGAACCUCAACAACUGCAUGGUAUUGCUGGGGGUCGGGAAGUACAUGCUCGUUGACAUCUUCUCGGAGCUCAUCAUCGACAUUCUCCCUGGUUUCGGUGACGCACUCGUUUCUUUUCCCAUGGCCAUUGUCGGUGAUGACGCGGCGACGGCCCAGGCAUUGGAGAUCAACAAGCUGAAGGCCGACAUCGAAGAGUUCACAAGCACAGCGAAGCUGCUCGAGGACUUCUUCAACCCUGGUAAUUUCGAGAACGGGCUCAUUCGUAUGACUAGCGUUCUGAAGAACAUGGCGGAGUUCCCAAAGUUUUGCGCGAAGCUGGUGGAGAUGAGAAAGAUAGCUGCCCCGACAAGGGAGACGCACGAGAAGUUCACGAAUGACAUCGCCCAGUUAGCAGGCAUGGUGAAUUUCAUGAAAAAGGAUGAUUUCGUGUUCGACGCCCCGAGCGCCGCGACUCGCAAGGAGAUCAUCGAGGGCACCACUCGUGCCUUCAAGGCGUUCGUCGAGGGUCCAGGCAUGAAGAUCUACACCGAGUGCUCCGACAUCUUCAUUAGCGGCAAGAUCGCAGAGAUCGCUCCGAGCCCUUCUUUCAACAUCAACGAGGUCAACGAGAGCGUGAUUCGAGCAGUACCUGCGGAAGAAGUUUUCGUCAGGCUGGUCACCAUCUUCGGCGGCGGCAGCAUCGAGGAUCUGUUUUUGGAGAACGUCAGCUGGGUGGACGGACAGAUCGAAGACGAAAAAGCUUUAGAGCAGGUCAGCUACAACGCUGCUGUGUCUGACUUGGCGUCAUUCUUGCAGGCUGGAGUCGAUCGUCUCAUCGUGUUCCCAGGGGCGAGCAUGAACGGCGAGACGAAGGGCAUGGGGCGCUCGUUGGCGGCGACAUACUUGGACAUCGCGACGCAGGUCAAGGACUUGGUGGGUUGCGCGGCGCAGCAUCACAAUAACAUGUUCCAGACGAAUCCCUUAGACGAUACUGCGUUGUUCGGCCGCUGCGUGCACACGCAGCGUAUGAUGCAGCGGAUACUGCUUCGCCUCGAUUUUCUCCUUCUGACUGACAAGUGCCACGCCUUCGAGAAGGCUGGGCUCACUUUCCACCUCAACCCGCAGAGCGUGAGGCAGUGGAUCAAGUAUGUGGCAGUGUUUUCAGGGGCCACCAAAGCAAUUCUCUUGGUGAAGAUCUCGGCUGCUUUAAAAGCCAGCAACAAGCAUUGCAAGAGCGCCCUUCCUGAGUUCGACGCGGCGUUCGACGGCUCAGCGAACUACAGCGAGAAGAUCGGCAACGCCCUUUUCAACAACAUGACUGGAACUGUGAACGCCUACAACGCGCCCCACAAGACAGUAUCGUGCGCGGCGCGGGCUGGCAAGCUCAUGGACGUGAGCCCCCCGAUCAAGGAGCGCGACACGACGGCAGAG